AUGAAGGGGUGCAUUUUCAAUAUCGACGCUGGUUAUUUGGAAGGAUUGUGUAGAGGUUUCAAGUGUGGUAUUCUGAAACAAUCAGAUUACUUGAAUUUGGUACAAUGCGAAACAUUAGAAGAUUUAAAACUUCAUUUGCAAGGAACCGAUUAUGGUACAUUCUUAGCUAACGAGCCCAGCCCCCUUGCUGUGUCAACUAUUGAUGAUAAGCUCCGUGAAAAACUUGUUAUUGAGUUUCAACACAUCAGGAAUCAUUCGGUGGAGCCGAUGUCUACUUUCUUGGACUUCAUUACCUACAGUUACAUGAUUGAUAACAUUAUCUUGUUGAUCACUGGUACACUUCACCAGAGACCCAUAUCUGAGUUGAUCCCUAAAUGCCACCCUCUGGGCUCAUUUGAACAGAUGGAAGCCAUCCAUGUUGCUGCAACUCCUGCCGAGUUGUACAAUGCUGUACUGGUUGAUACUCCACUCGCUCCAUUCUUUGUGGAUUGCAUCAGCGAGCAAGACUUGGAUGAAAUGAACAUUGAGAUCAUUCGUAACACUCUGUACAAAGCUUACUUAGAAGCUUUCUAUGAGUUCUGCAAGCAAAUUGGAGGAACAACUGCUGAUGUUAUGUGUGAAAUCUUAGCUUUUGAAGCUGAUCGCCGUGCUAUUAUCAUUACCAUCAACUCCUUUGGUACCGAGUUGUCCAAGGAUGACCGAGCUAAACUAUAUCCUCGCUGUGGUAAGCUGAAUCCUGAUGGAUUGGCUGCUCUGGCUAGAGCCGAUGAUUAUGAGCAAGUUAAAGCUGUUGCAGAAUACUAUGCUGAAUAUUCAGCACUGUUUGAAGGCGCUGGAAUGAAUGUUGGCGACAAAACCCUGGAAGAUAAAUUUUUCGAACAUGAGGUAUCCUUGAAUGUUAUGGCCUUCUUGCAACAAUUCCACUUUGGAGUUUUCUAUUCCUACCUCAAGCUCAAAGAACAGGAAUGCAGGAACAUUGUGUGGAUCAGCGAAUGUGUUGCCCAGAAACACCGAGCUAAAAUUGACAACUACAUUCCUAUUUUCUAG